AAUACAGCCUCAGAACCCGGAUGAGACGUCAGCAUCUGAUUUGUCCAGAGCUCCACGGAAACGGACUACAAAUAGCGCGUUUAGUCGUAACCUCUAUUCAUUUUCGGGGGGAAGUGCGUUUAAAAGAUGUGUUUACGGCACCGUGUUUAAUUUUUAAUCCACGAGCGAACAGAAUCUGAGUUAGAGGUUUAACAGAGCGGUUUAAUUGAGCUGGUGCGCUACCGGAAGUGUUUGACUGUUUACUCUCCUUUUUGUCCAAGCGGUGUAUCCGUAGGAGCGAGUGCGCGAGCCUGCACCCGGACCACAUAAAGCAAGCUGCACAGUAGUGAACAUGAAGGAUGAUGUGUGUGUAACGCGUGUAAAUUUGGUGUCAGGGACAGACAGGAAGGAGGAUGGACACACAGCCUGAGCCGUAUACACCGGUGCGGUGGCACUGGUUCUAUAAGCAGAUGGCGGACGGCAGAGACUCAUGGAAACCGUUCAGUACCGAAGACUCACAGACACUGGAGGAUGCUCACACACACGGUGGUGAUGAUGAGGUAGUGGUGGCCACAGAGGGCAGACGUUACGAUGUGAGAUUAAAGGAGCGACGUCGGUAUGCUGUUUAUUGGGAUCAGGCUCCCUCUGAAGUGCGCAGAUGUUCCUGGUUUCACAAAGGCAGCAAAGAGAUGUACUUCACUCCCUACACCGAGGAGAUCAGUGACCUGCUGGAGGAGGCCUUCAUGAUCUCUGUGUCCCUCAACGAGUGGAAAAGAAAUUUCGAGCUGCCAACAGGGGAAACGGUCAUCCUUCACAACCCGAAGCUGAUAAUAGAGCACCAGUACGUUUCCUUGGAACGUCCUCCGUCUCCGAGUGAAAGAACACAAACCAGAACACUAAAGAGAGGCGUGGAGAAUAUUUCUGUGGAAAUCCCUCAGGGAGAACCGGACGCUGUGGAUCACCUGGUGUUCAUGGUUCAUGGCAUUGGGCCGGCGUGUGAUCUACGUUUAAGAGGAAUUGUGCAGUGCGUAAAUGAGUUUCGCAGCGCUGCUCUCGCUCUCACCAAAAGUCAUUUCAGCUCCGGUGAUGACGAAAAAGCUGUGGGUCGAGUGGAGUUUCUGCCUGUUAACUGGCACAGAGUUCUACAUGGAGAAACCACAGGGGUCGACAGAGAUAUGGAGCGGAUCACUUUGCCUAGCAUCAGCGGCCUGCGCCAGUUCGCCAAUGACACAGUGUUGGACCUGUUCUUCUACAACAGCGCCACCUACUGUCAGACCAUUGUAGACACAGUAGCCUCCGAGAUCAACUACCUAUACAACGUCUUUCUCCAAAGAAACCCACAGUUCACUGGAGCCGUGUCAGUGGCAGGACACAGCCUGGGUUCAUUAAUCCUCUUUGACCUCCUGACCAAUCAGAAGACAGGAGCAGAAAGCACCAAUGCAGAACAGAAUGGACAGUAUGAUGAACACCUGGGCUCUUCCUCUGUGUCAGACUGCACUUCCUGUGAGAGUCUAGAAGAGGCACUAAUGAGCAUCGGCGUGGAGGAACAUCUCAGAAUCCUACAGAGGGAACAAUUGGACAUGGAGUCUCUGAUGCUGUGCUCUGAGAGCGACCUGAGAGAUCUAGGAAUCCCGCUUGGCCCUUGCAAGAAGAUUCUGAACUAUGUGAAGAAAUGGAAGCACAGAUCUGUGUCCCACACCGGAAACCAUCCCUCUCAUACGGAAGAGAGAAAUUCUCCUGAAAUUCAGAGUCUCAUUCGAGAGAGUCGGCCGAAAACCAGCGCCAUUGACUACCAGCACUUUGAUGUGGGGAUCGGACAGGUAUCUAUUAAUUACCCACAGCUCAGCUUCCACCCCCGGGCCUUCUUUGCCUUCGGCUCUCCUAUUGGAAUGUUCCUGACCGUCCGAGGCCUGAAGAGGAUUGACCCCAACUACAGCUUCCCCACCUGCAGCAGCUUCUACAACAUCUUCCAUCCUUUUGAUCCGGUGGCGUACAGGAUCGAGCCCAUGAUUUUGCCUCCAGAUAUGGAGGUAGCACCCAUGCUGAUGCCCCAUCACAAGGGCAGGAAGAGGAUGCACCUGGAGCUGAAGGAAGGUCUGACACGCGUCGGUUCAGACCUGCUGGGGUCUUUACGGACAGUCUGGCAGAGUUUCUCCCAACUUCCUGCUCCGGCGCUGGCUGGGGGAAAUGACACGUCUACAGCAGUGUGCACAGUCGAGGAAAUGGAAACCUCACCACUGGAACAGGAGGAGAAAAAAAUGAUCCAGGUGGGGAAGCUGAACGGUGGCCGGCGUAUCGAUUAUGUUCUUCAAGAGAAACCGAUCGAAAGCUUUAACGAAUAUCUGUUCGCCAUUCAGAGUCACCUGUGCUACUGGGAGUCGGAGGACACAGCUCUGCUGGUUCUCAAGGAGAUCUACAAGAAUGCCAUGGUGAGCAGAAAAGCAUCUCAGCAUGCACAAAACAUCAAACCUUGAAGUGGAUGGGCUACAGCAGCAGAAGAGCACACUGGGUUCCUGUCCUUUCGGACAAGAACAGGCACAGACUCACCAAAUCUGGACAGUUAAAGGUUAUAAUGUGUACUUUGAUGUGAACAUUAACUGAAGCUCCUGUAUCUGUACACCAAUUUAUUUAUGCAUUGAGCUGCUGCCACAUGAUUGGCUGACUAGAUAACUGCAUGAAUAUUCACGUGUACAGUUGUUCCUAAUAAAGUGGACAGUGAGUGCACAUCGAUAGAUUUUAUUUCACAUGAAUGUACUUAAAACAUUCUCCAUUUACCUCGACAGAAAGUAAGGACGCUGUGUCAGCGUGUCUUUAAAGAAGAAAAAUCGAGUUGACACGAGAUUAAUACGUGAGGUGGUGGAAGGGGGCGGGGUUUCCAGGGAGUCAGUUAAUAUCAGAGAGUUCAAAAUUGCUAAUCAUUUAGGAUUCAUUACCAACCACUAUGUGGUCAUUAUGCAACAACUUUUCAUUACAUUUAUAUAUGUUAGCCCACUUAGGUAUCCAUCUUGACAUCAUUUUUUUUUGUGCCAAUUUUUGCAGAAUUAGAGUUAAUUGUAAACUUUUACACUGCAAUUAUAUACGUAACUAUUCAAGGAAUAUGAUUCUCUCAGUAUUUAGACACCACUAGAAAUUAGAUGUACUUCAAAUAAUGCACUAUAUGGUAAGCAGGAAACAAAUUCAGGCACAUAAAAGGUAUUUUGUGCUGUAACACAUCUGAUUCAGUUAAUCAGUUCAUCAGUUCAUGCCUUCAUUAUGUAAAACGUGUUCAUUAGAGAGCAGAAGAAGUGAAACCGGAUGAGCAAUUUCAUUGGAAUAUUUUAACUUAUUUCAUAUUUAACCAGUGUUUUAAAACUUUUCCAUUUCUUCAAAGGAUUGCAGUUGACAUAUUAAUGUUUUGUAAUAAAUAUAAUAAAUAUUUUAAUGUCUCAAUGUAUUAUAAUAAAUACUUUAUACACCUACA